AUGGGAAAAGAUUACGGCCAAAGAAAUCCACCUUCAGCAUUGUCGUGGUUUUCCAGAGAGCGGCGGCUCUCUCGAACAACGCAUCGCGUCAUAAAUAUUGACGAAGAUUGUUUCCUCGUAACAUCAGAAGAGGGAGAACUGUUCUUCAAAUCACCAACAGACGAGCCGGUCGUAUGCGGAAUCUAUAUGAUCGCUGAUCCGGACAAAAGAAUUGAGGUCAUCUUCAAUUAUCUUGACGUGCCGUGUGAUAAUGGAGGAUUAGUUGCUUGGGUAGAUGGUUGGGAGUUGAACGGACAAGUAUGGCCCGCUGAUUCAUGGGACGAUGACCGCUUAGUAGAGUCAUGUGGUCAGCGGCCUCAGCGCAAACUUGUGUCAAGGCAGAACGCGGCCCUGGUGCAGUAUCGAGUGCCUGCUAGAGGAAAAGGGUUUGCUGUCACUAUACGACAUUUGAGGAACUCAAAACCAUGCAACGUCAUGUUCUUCGGCUCGGAAGGUGUGUACACUUUACGCAACCAUGGUGAAACAGGCAACUGUUCUGUUCUGGUAGUAUCACCGGCCACGGUCCACGUACUAGACCUGAAUGUCGGGCAGACCAUGAAGAAGGGACGCUUGAUUGAAAUGGAAACUGGGACCAUUCAUCGUUGCACAAAGCGCGGCCUGCCUGAUUAUGUUGACAUUGGCGGUUCAAACGGGCUUGAUCACACGAAAAUGGAGGUACUUGACAGCGUUUGUGGCCUUGACUCUACUGAAGCUCGACGUCCAGCGCUCAUCGCUUGCGAGGACACCGUCGUUCGGCUUGUAUCCAGCGGCCGAUAUCACAACUCCGUCACCUUAGCUUUCGCUCCUUUCGAAGAUAUUGAACAUGCUGACCUUCUUUGCGGAUUAAAUGACUUGUAA